AUGGUUCAAUGCGCUGCAUAUAAUGGUACCGUCAAGUCGGGACAAGGGCUCAGCCUUUAUAUAUUCCCAAAGGAUAAGACACUGAGAAAGAUAUGGACGGGAAAGCUCAGAAGGCAGGAGUUUUCCCCAAGCCAACAUUCUAAACUUUGCGAGCGGCACUUCGAGGACGACCAAUUUGCAGUGAACCCCAUUGUAUUGAAGUCACUUUCCUGGACACUGAAAAGAAAGAAAUUAGUCCCGAAUGCCGUGCCGACAAUUUUCGAUUACAAAAGGAAGAUAGUAGAAGCAAAAAGGAAGUCCACGUUUCAAGCAAAAACGACGACGGAUAGAGACUAUGUUGAAGAACUUUUUGAAGACCCAAUUCUUCGUAGAGAAUUAAACAACACAUUCACGCAAGCCAGAGCAGCAUGCAACAUGCAAAAUAAGGAGCGCCCAUCUCCACUCUCGAAGAGUUGCACCCAUGAAAGGAAGGAGGACAUUGUGCAUAGGCAUAAAUCAAGAUUUAAUGGACUUUGA